ACUAGCCUAGGACUACUUUGUGGGGCCUUCCUAAUUGGUACUUCCACCUUGAAAUUGAUACACUUGCGUGUAUCGACAUCAUUCACAUGGACCCCCAUUUCACUCCAAUUGUGGUAGUUCAAUGAUUCGAAAACCCAUGUCAGCUCGAGGUAUGCGAAUUUCACUUUUUUGGACUGUUGUCCACAUGCCGCAUACUCUGGAGGGCUUUUACAACGAGGUUUCCCAUACAGGGCCUAAGAGCAAAGCGAUGUGAAACAGAGCAGAGCAACAACGUAACGUCGCUGGCAAGAAAACCACUGCAGUGGGCAAUUGUGAAUUGUUGAGAAUCUGAGAUCCUGAGUGCUCUAGGCUUCAUGGAUUCUUCUCUGCAGAUCGACUUGGUUCCUUGUCUUAAUGACAAUUAUGCAUAUCUGCUUCAUGAUAUGAGUUCAGGAGUCACGGGAAUUGUGGACCCUGGUGAAGUCGGGCCUGUAGUAAGGGCUUUGGAAGCCAAGGGCUAUACUCUGGAUUUCAUAUUCAAUACUCAUCAUCAUGCCGAUCACACAGGUGGAAAUUUGGGUUUGAAGAAGAAGUAUGAUGCAAAGGUCGUGGGACCAAAGGUGGAUAAGGCUAGGAUUCCAGGAAUUGAUAUUCCUUUGAGCGAUGAGACCUGGAAGUUUGGAAAUCAUGAGUUUAGGGCCAUCUUCACUCCUGGUCAUACUCUGGGACAUGUGUGCUACUAUUUCCCAGAAUCAAAAGCUGUCUUCACGGGUGACACCUUGUUCUCUGUAGGAUGUGGAAGAGUAUUUGAAGGAACCAUGGACCAGAUGUGGAGUUCUCUCUCGACUUUAUCCUUACUGCCAGAGGAUACCAGAGCGUUCGUUGGUCAUGAAUACACUGCGUCAAAUAUAAGGUUUGCAGUGACCGUCGAACCACACAAUGAAGAUUUGCUCUCUCAACGACAGUUAGUCGAACAACUGCGUCAAAAAGGUCAACCCACGAUUCCUACUACUAUCGGACAGGAGAACAGCUUCAACCCAUUUCUGCGACCUUUCGUUGAAUCAGUGCGCCAGAGUUUGAAUAAAUCAGCUUCGGAAAAUAAUGUAGAAGUUUUUACGGCACUACGCCUCGCCAAGGACAAGUUCUAGAACGUGCACCAAGAGUCACUUGUCAGGGAGGGUUGCGUUAUACAAUAAUCUUAGACCAGAUUUUCAUCCUUGCACUGUAUUUGCAUGACAAGGACACGGAAGAACGCUGUGACCAUUCACUCAACUUCGAUCACAGAUUUGUCAUUCAAACUCAUCUUAAAUUAAUUACACCUGUAGGUCUAUUCAAUCCUGAAUCAGUAUUCUACGCUCGCACAUCUCUUGCUUGUUACCUCUUCUGUGAAUUUAACAGGUUAUUGUCCCAAUACGUUGUCAACGCCUGUUGAGAUACAACAACGACAAGUUGGAUUCCUUUCGUUGCUUCAAGUGCUCUUACAUGUACGA